UGGUGUCUCAUAGGACUCAUUGUGGCGGUGAUCGCCUAUUACUACAUUUCGUGGAGGAAUGCCUUCAACUAUUGGAAGGAUCGACACAUUUCUGGUCCAAAACCCAUACCUAUAUUCGGAAACCUUGUGAGAUUAACCCUAAAUCCUCGACAAUUAGUGGAGUUGGAGUGGUAUAAGAAUUACGGCAAAAUUUAUGGAUUAUACAUAUUAUCGAAACCCACGCUAACAGUGGCCGACCCGCAGCUCAUCAAACAAAUUCUGGUCAAAGAUUUUAAUAUAUUUCGUAACCGACCCAAAGUUUCCGGGGGUAAUAGCCUGGUCAUGUCACAUGCCAGGGAUGAGGACUGGAAGCGGAUCCGUGCGAUAGCCAACCCUACUUUCACGCCCAGAAAGAUGAGGAAAAUGUAUUCUCUGAUCGACCGGUGCUGCGAAGACUUCAUCGAUAGCCUCGAUAAGGAUGUGUUGAAUGGUAUGAAUGAAGUCGAGUUGAAGCAACUGAUGAGCGCCUACACUAUGGAUGUGAUCGCCAGCUGUGCCUUCGCCACCAAAACCAAUACAUACGCCGAUCCUAACAACCCGUUCACCACUAAAGGGGCCAAUCUAUCCAAUGCUCCCAUUUGGAAAAGGAUGUUGCAAAUGACCUUGCCCACAUUUAUUGUAUCCAGUAAUAUAUACCGUAAGAUUUUAAGCGCUGUUGGCUCUAACGCCACAUUUUUUGUCGAUUUCUCGCGAAGUCUUAUAAAGAAAAGGAGAAAUAAUAACGAAAAACACAACGAUUUUCUUCAGUUAUUAAUGAAUUCGGAGAGAAGUGAUGGCGAUAUCGGAGAGGCCAGUGAUGCCAAUGAAGCACAUCAUGUGAAUGAGGGUAAGGAUGAGAUGAAAGCCUAUGUCGAGGCCUUCGCCGGUGUGUUGGAGAAGACGUUGACUGAAGACGAGAUAUUAGCGCAA